AUGAUGAUGAUGAUGUCAAUCUCUCAACGAAGAGAACGAAAAGAGUUUCUCAAACUAGAGAUUGAGAGACAAAGACUACUCAUUCAAGAACUAGACUAUAAAUUGAUGAAAGAAGAAGAAAAGGAAAAGAAUCAACUAUCAUCAUCUUCAACAUCAGAAUCUAUAACCAAAGAAGUAGAAGUAGUGGAAGAACCAAUAAUACAACUAGAAGAGGAGGAAUCAACUACUACUACCACUACAAUACUAUCAACUGCCACUAUUGAAUCAGCAUUAUCAUCUCUAGAAUCAUCUCUAGAAUCAUCUUCUAAUACUAGUAUUGGUAACAACACCGAAAAAGAAGAUUCAACUACUACCACUACUACUAUAUUAGUUGAUACUACAACAACAACAAUUACUUCUUCGAUAUUGAUUUCAUCAUCACCAACUAUAUCUUAUGAAAACAAAUUAAUCGAAUUAAAUAAGGAACUUAAUAAUUUGAAAUGUGAAUUAGAAGAAUUAAGAUUAAUGGGAGAUAAAUUUUAUACACAACAUGGAGAUGAAUCGAUAUUGAUAGAGAUUGAUGAGAUGAGUAAGUUGUCAUUUUAUCAUUGUACACAAUCAAAGGAACUGCCUACUAUCCCCAUCGACAGCUGUGAUGGUAGUCGCAUCCAAAUCAUAUUUGAUGCCGACGAGAACCCCAUCUACGAACUACAUUCGCUCAUUUCAACCAAAUCCAUUCACCAACUCUUUUCUGUAAAGACCAACUUUGAAAUACCCACCGCCAAGCAAUCGAUAUUCGAACGUGUUCGACACAACACUUGGAGUUUGGGUAUCUCACCACUCCGACGAACUACUUCCGACCCAUCGAUUUUUGGUGAAAGACAUUCACCUCCCAAAUCCACCAUCUCUUCCUUUUUCGAUAAACAACUGUCACCUAGACGAACAGCGGCCUCCUCUCCUACCAACAAUACAGUAGACUCUAAUGCAACUAGAAAAGGUGAGACUGUUGUUGGUCUGUCAUCAUCACCAAGCAGUCCACCACAAGACGAAGAAGGAAAGAUAUUGUUGACAUGGAACAGUAAAGAAACAUCAAUCUAUUUAUUAAAAUCACAUCAAGAGUCUGUGGAAUUGUUGGAAUUGCUCGGGUCACAUAUUGACAGAUCCAAGAAAAUAACUGCCAAGCAGUCGCAGCAGAUGAAGUUGUUUAACCAAUUCCGUUCGACUUCAUACGAUAAUACAAACAGUGACCAUGAAGCAAGAUUAGAGGAGCUGUGGAAUGCACUUUAUCCCGGCCAACCAUUUGAACGAAAAUCACCCAAAUGGAAAGACUUUGGGUUUCAGAGCGAAGAUCCAACACGUGACUUUAGAGGUAUGGGUAUGCUCGGACUACACAAUCUCAUCCAUCUUGUAAAGAAUCAUCGUGUCUGGGUCGACUCUAUUCUCGACUCGCAACGAGACUAUCCCUUUGCCGUGGCCGGUAUCAAUAUUUCCAGUCUCUUGUUUGGCGUGCUCAAUAUCACCGAUGAAAGCCUCCAACAACCUUGGUACUCUCCUUUUUGGAACAGCACCUUUAUGAUUAUGCUUUGUUCCAUGUCUCGAGAGACUGACUGUGCUUUUGAAGAACUCUAUUUCCAAGUCUUUAAAUUAUUGGAUCAUGUUUGGCAACAAAUGGAUGCAACCUAUAUGAUGUUCCCAGACGUCAUGAAACGAAUGAAAGUACUAUUAAAUGAGGUCGCAACUUUAAAUGCCAAUAGUCUUGAAGAAGUAAAAGCAAGAUUUGAAUUGGUCAUGUUAUCUUCUUCUUUAAUUUCAACAACUGUAAAUAAUAAUCAAUCAUCACCAAAUCAUAAGAUUAGUAGUUCAACUUAA